ACUGGUGGCGGCAAUCUGAUAGGGAGCUAUGACGGUGUGCCUUAAUAAUUAAUUAAAACAGUAUGUAGUUAUUAAAUUAAGAAUAAAGUGUGAUGGUGACAUUGGUGCACAGUUCCUUUCGUACUCGGGAUGCAACAGGUUGUCAGUAAACUAAGGAUUUCUGAGUGGUAGAUUGUCGGUGACAGGAGAUUUCUUACGGGCUUCUUGUUUUUCGGCUAAUUGCGCUGAGACUUUUAUUCCCUCGGCUGAUUGGUAACUGCCGAGAUCAGGGAAAUGGCAACCUCUGGAAAAGGACAGAGACGGUAAUUGUAAAGUGAUUGGCACUGGAGUGGAGUGACCAUCAGCAGUGUCCGGGAGGUACUGUCAGAGGAAAGAGAAGACGUAUGUGUAAAGCGAUGGCUUCUAAAGAGCGACUUUAUGAGUUGUGGAUGCUCUAUUACGCCAAGAAAGACUUGACAUACCUGCAGCAGUGGUUAGAGACCUUUGUCACAACCUUUGAAAAAAUCAUUGACAUCAGCUCUUUUGAGCCACGCAGACCUGAAGAUUCUGCUUCAGAGAUUCCUGUGUUACCCCGGGAUGUCUUGCAGGUUCUAAGCCAGCAAUUGAACCACUGUGUUAAUUGUCUGUCUACAACUGAAGCCGAGGCAGGCCUUGGCCAAGCACUCCUGUUUGUCAAGUUCCUUAUUAUUAUUUGCAGGAAUUUGGAGAAUGUAGAAGCUGACAGAACUCCGGUUUUUGUCCAUGAAAUUAUAAGAUUGUUGUCCCAUUGCAUCACAAGGCUAAAGAACACCAAUGUGGAGAACAGUAUUGCCACCACAUCACAGUUAGAAAACACAGCAGUCUAUUCGUUACAUCUUUGUGAAUGCCUUUUUGAUCCGUACCAGACAUGGAGGAGGCAGUUAACUGGGGAACUUGUAAGUGCCCAAGAGAAAAAUAAGUACAAGUUUGCACCAGCUGCUUUGCCACAAGACUUCUGCACUUUCUUUCAAGAAAGCUUCAAAGACAGUGAACAUUUACCAGAAAUCCUUGCGCUUCGAUUAGUACAUACUUAUGGAUCCAUUAUCACAGGAAGCAAGAGAAAUGCACUACUCGCCAUCACUCCUCCUUUAUUGGAGAUCCUCAUGUUGGUUCUUCGGAGCUGGUGCUACAUGGGACAUCAUGACCACAAGGACCUCAGAUUGCUGCAGCUGACCUUAAAGUGCCUGAUUGAAAUGAUUCAUAUAUUGCACGCAAGCAGUAUGGAUCAGUGGAUGGUAGAAAUCCGAACCAUCCUUGAGACAUAUUUUCGUGUUUUGAAUGCUGACCAGCCCAUGGCCACUCUGAGGGAUGAUCCCAAAUCCCAUAUGGAAGCAGGACUGAUCACUUUGAAGAUCACUAUGUUAAAUGCCAUUCCUGAGAUGCUGAACUGUGGAGACAGGCCAGUUUUACAGGCCAUAUUUCUCAAUAAUAAUUGCUUUGAGCACAUAAUAAGACUGGUACAAAAUAGCAAGCUCUAUCUCAGUGAUAGGUGUAGCACAGAGAGCGAGGGUGGACUUGACCUCGCCACUCAGUUACUGACUGAUAUCGAUAUAAACAAGGUAUUUGAUCGAGGUUCUGACUGCAUUGCUGUACAUGCCAUUGGAGUACUUACUGCCAUUAUGAGAAGUUCCCCAUCUGCUAAGGAGGUAUUCAAGGAGAGGAUCGGCUAUCCCCAUUUGCAUGAAGUUCUUAUGAGCCAGGGUCAGCCUACACUGCGUCUUCUUCAGGAAUUGAUGAACAUGGCAGUGGAAGAUGAUCACACAAUAAUUCCAGCCCCAUCUAUCAAGAAUGAGCAGCCACUGUUAAUUCUAGUACAAUGGCUUCCUGACCUCAGGUCUCGUGACUUGCAAGUCUUUGUUUCAGACUGGUUGAAACGAGUCUGUGCUGCAACUGUUCAGGGACGGAUGAUCUGUGUUAAAGCUGGUAUGGUGAGCACAGUGCUGUCAGCCCUCCGUACUCAUCAGUUGUUGGACAGAAAAUGUGCUGAAAAUCUGAUUGACCUUUUGCAGUCACUGGGGAGCCUCUCUAUUCGCCCUGGUGAACUGAGACACUUGCUUAAGCUGCUUCGAACUGAGAAUGGCAACACAUGUCAUCCCUAUACUCCUCAGGUGAUAAGAGCUUUGUCAGCCAUGGCAAGGAAAGAUUGCCCUGUUAGCUCACUACAUUAUUUUGAUUUGACUCCAAGCAUGGCUGGUAUCAUGGUUCCUACCAUUUCUCGGUGGCCUGGGAAUGGCUUUGCAUUUCAUGCUUGGCUAUGUUUGAAUGAAGAGCCAAGAGACAGUGUCAGUUUUAGUAAAGGGCCAAAACGGAAACAGCUUUACAGUUUUUUCACAGCAAGUGGCACAGGAUUUGAAGCAUUUUUUACUACUGAAGGUGUGCUUGUCACAGCAGUUUGCACAAAGAAAGAGUACAUGACUAUCGCAGUACCUGAAUUUUCAUUUAAUGACACAGUCUGGCAUUGUGUUGAUAUCGUCCAUAUGACUGGGAGACGUCCAUUUGGGCAGAAUGUGUUAACCAUAUACAUUGAUGGACAGCCAAUGGCAACAGCACAACUACGGUUUCCAUCUUUAAAUGAGCCUUUUGCUUAUUGUUUCAUUGGUUCUGCUGGACAUCGAACACCCACUACUACAACUGUGUUUACCUCUGGCUCCCUUUCUCCAGAUUUGUCUUUCACAUCCACUGUCUCACUGAGCCGGUCUCAGUCCUUGCCUUCCACUAUGUUAGGUCCUGUAGGGGGAGCAGGAUUCAGCUUCACUUCCAAGGAAAGAGUUGUCCACACCAUUCCAGCUGGUACUCAGGAUGCUGACUGGGGGAGCCCUACAUCUCUUGAGGGUCAAAUGGGAUCUGUGUUUAUCUUCCAUGAAGCCUUACAACCAUCCCAAGUUAAAGCACUUUUUUCUUUUGGACCAAACACUGUAUCUCCAUUCAAGACUGAGAAUGAACUUGCAGAACUCAACAGUAAACUUCUGCUUUAUUACACUCCUCAGGCAUGCAGAGACCACAUUUGCCUUGAUCUUUCUCCAAGUCAUUUAUAUGAUGGCAGACUUACUGGACACAAAAUGGUGAAUUGGGAUGUUAAGGAUGUGGUGAAUUGCAUCGGUGGUAUGGCUGUAUUUCUGCCACUAUUGGAGCAGGUUGCUCUGAAGAGUAAAGAGUCAGAGGAGGUACAGGAAACAAUGGAUCUUGUUGGGCCAGAACUAACAUCAUCAGGCAACACACAGAAGCUGCACAUCUUGAUUGAUAAAUCUUCAGAAGGACGCCUAGAGAGGAACUCUGUAGCUGCCUUUUUGCUAAUGGUUAAGAACUUCAUCAGCAGUCAUCCUGUGAACCAGGAGAGCCUCAUGCAGUGUCAUGGAACAGCCAUCAUUGGAGCAUUACUGCAAAAGGUCCCCAGUAGUAUGAUAGAUAUGAAUGUCCAAAUAGCAUGCCGAUCUCUGAUAGAGCAAGCAACCAAGGAGGGAAACACGUUUCUGCAGCAUUACAUGCAUCAACACCUGCUCUUUGAUGUUCGAAUCUGGAGUGAAAGUGAUUUUGCUGUUAGAUUAGGGCACAUACAGUAUUUGUCAUCCAUCAUCAAAGACACCAAACAACGACUAAGGAGGAAAUAUGGAGUUCAGUACCUGCUAGAUUCAAUCCGAACUCAUUAUGGAUUCCAGAAGGAGAACCACAUUACAGUAGAUAAUGUGAAGACAAUACAGAAAUCGUUAUUUGGCUUGGUGAAAGAGUUCUUCUCAAGAGGGGUUUCAGGAGAGGAGCUGCACAGUAUCAUAUCUUACAUGGCAGCUGUAAAUGAUGAAGAGCAGUUAUGUGGUAUUCUAGAGGUAGUUUAUGGAGUCCUGAAAGACAGUCCAGUGAAGGAGCAGAUGUUCAGCAUGCUGUUUGAAACAGGGAAUGUGGAGGUGCUUUAUUCACUACUCAUACAGAAAAAAUUCUCUGACCAAGUACGGGAAAAAGUUUUCAGGAUCUUAUAUAAAAUGUUGACUUUUGACAAGAUUCCUGAGAAAAGCAAGCACCGCCUGAAGCUGAAAGACAUUGGACUUCAGGGACUGCUUUCUUAUUUAAAUGAGAUUCCGAUAUCCAUAACCCUCAUCCGCUGCCUUUCAGAGCAAGUGCUUGGAGCAGACUCUGUGCCAAAUUAUGGUGACCUGCUGGCAGUAGCAUUCUUGUCCCACAGAGCAGACCUCACGGUGAGGCUGGAUGUGUGUCGCAAGCUUUUCCACCUUAUCUAUUCCCAGCAAGACAUUGUCCGUCAUUUUGCAAAACAGGCUGGAUGGCAGGAUACAUUGACCAAGCUGUAUGUCAAGGAAUCUUACGCAUCCAGAGAUGUCAGUUUGUCAAGUUCCACAAACAGCUAUUCCACUGACCUGAUCAGGAAUUCAGAGGUAAACCAGGAAUUUGGACUUGAAACUGUAAGAGAGGUACUGGAUGUGCUGGCUGGUGAAACUGAGAUGCAAGACACAGACUUUCUACCAUUUCCUUUUGAUAUUGAUCAAGAUAUUGCAGAUCUUUCUAGUUCUCCAACCUUUUCAUCAGCAAGAACAAAGAAUUUUAGUGGAUAUAACUUUAAGUUGUUUGACUCUAUGGAUCGGACAAGCCAUUCCUCAGUCAACACUGUAGAUAUCCCUGGUGCUGACUCUGGAGAUGCAGCCACUGAUGACAGUAUCUAUUACCCACUUUCACCAUUUAGCCCCUCUCCAUUUGAUCUGGGCCUUGAAUUAGCGAGCACCAGUUCAUUCACUACUGUGGAAAGUGGAAACCAGACUCCUGUCAGCAUUCCUGAGAGUCCAUCUCCACUGGAGACUUUCAAGCCCUUCCCAGGAAUGCGGACUCGCAAAAGCUCCAGUUUGUCAAAUGUGCUAGAUGAAAGUAGCUACCAUGAUGCACUUCAUAGUGACAACACGUCUAACACUAGCAAUCCACAGCAAACACCUGAGGAGGAGCUCUGCAACUUAUUAACAAACAUCAUUUUCUCAUUGACCUGGCGAGGUGUGGAGGGCUGUGAUGAUGCUGCGUGGAAAGAACGGGGUCAAGUCUUCUCAGUCCUGACGAAGCUUGGCACAGCCUGUGAACUUGUGCGACCACCAGAUGAAAUCAAAAGAAGCUUGCUUGAGAUGAUGCUGGAGUCUGCCUUCACUGAUAUUAAGGAUGCCACACCUGCAACAUUACCCAGUCAUACUACUAAUGUUCUCAAGCUAAUGCGAUUGCUACAAGAUUUCCUGUUCUCUGAGGGACAGGGCAACCAUGUCCUGUGGAGUGAGAAGAUAUAUGAAGGUGUUUGCAAUUUGCUUGACAAGUUGUCAGUGUGGUAUUAUUCAGCUAAUGGUACACCUGAGCUGAAAGAGAUGGCCCAAAUUGGUCUCCGGAUUAUUACAGGGUACAUUUUACUGGAUAAUGUACAGGUAUUUUCGUUGGCUUAUGUGAAGUUACAUAGUGUUCUACAGACAAUUUCCGAGCUCAAGAAAGAAGAAGCCUGCUUUUUGCUUGGUAAGCUGGAAGCUCCUCUAAUAAGGUCCAUGAACUCCAAGACUGAAACCUUCACAUGCUUAAUACCAAUCAUGCGCACAUUGAUGGACAUGUGCUAUGAUUUGCUUCAGCUGCAUUAUCAUCUGCCAUCACUUCCACCUACCAAUGGCAGCCAAACUUUCCUUGAAGACUUUGAGCAGUUUUGCACUACUUCUGAAUGGAGGACAUUCAUUGAGAAGCAGGUGGUGCCCACCAUGUUGCAGUUUGAGUCAGACAAUUUUACUCGAAGCCACAAUCAGAUGUCUAACUUUUGGAAUUCUUGUUAUGAUUCCUUAAUGAGCAGCUCUCAGCGGAGGGAGAGGGAAAGAGCAGAAAGCAGAUUAAAAUUUCAGGAGUUGAUUCUGGAAUAUUUUUUGAAACGUGUUAAAUAUGAGAAUGCACGAUAUGGAAGCAUCCUGAAGCAAAUUAAUAACCAUCAUAACACAGUGCUGAGACAGUGGAAAUCUCUUCGUCGACUUCUGACUUGUCAGAGAGGGACAUGGGCAGACUGUAACCCACAAGAAAUAAAGUGGAAACUUUCAAGUGCUGAGACCUUUUCUAGAAUGAGGCUGAAGCUUGUCCCAAACUACAGCUUUGAUUUGCAUGCUGAGGCCAGUGCUUUGCGGGACAACCAAGGUGCUGAUCAUUUUCACAACUUAGCUGACUCACUGCCACUUGCAGUGGCCAAAGAGGCAAAAGUUAGUGAACUGGAGGAUGACCGGCUGGGAGAGGAAGAUUUGGUGUUUUUAGAUCAUCAAGUUGAGCCUGAAGAGCAGAACCAGAAGGAAAAAUUAGUUAUUGUGGAAGAAUGCGAGCUCAUCACUAUUGUGGCUGUCAUACAAGGUCGUCUGGAAGUUACAACUCAGCACAUCUAUUUCUAUGACCUCAGUAGUGAAAAAGAGGAGACAGAAUGGGGCAUUGGUUAUGACUUCAAGCGUCCUUUGUCUCAUCUCCGAGAAGUUCACCUCCGACGUUACAAUCUCAGAAGAUCUGCACUGGAGUUCUUUUUCAUUGACCAGGCAAACUACUUUGUGAACUUUAAGAAGAAGGCGAGGAAUCAUGUAUACUCACGGAUUCUUGGGUUGCACCCACCAAACUUGUUUUACUUUGGUACUCGCUCUCCUCAGGAACAGCUGGCUGCCUCAGGACUGACUCAGAAAUGGGUCAACCGCGAGAUUUCCAACUUUGAGUAUCUUAUGCAGCUUAACACUAUUGCAGGCAGAACCUACAAUGACCUCUCACAGUAUCCAGUGUUUCCCUGGAUCUUGUGUGACUACAGCACUGAAACCCUAGAUCUGGACAAUCCAGAUAUGUUCCGAGAUCUUUCUAAGCCAGUUGGUGUGGUAAAUGAGAAGCAUGCCAAAGAGGUGAAAGAAAAGUAUGAGAGUUUUGAGGAUCCUACAGGCACUGUGGACAAAUUCCACUAUGGCACCCACUAUUCUAAUGCAGCUGGCGUGAUGCAUUAUAUGAUCAGGAUGGAGCCAUUCACUACCCUUCAUAUACAGCUUCAAAGUGGAAGAUUUGAUUGUGCUGAUCGCCAGUUUCAUUCGGUGCCAGCUGCAUGGCAGGCACGUAUGGAGAACCCUGUAGAUGUAAAGGAGCUAAUCCCAGAAUUUUACUACUUCCCAGAAUUCCUGGAAAACCAGAAUGGGUUUGACCUUGGAAGCUUGCAGAUGUCACGGGACAAAGUAAAUGAUGUUUUCUUCCCCAGGUGGGCAGAGGGGUCUGUAGAUUUCAUUAGCAACCACAGAAAAGCACUGGAAUCUGAGUUUGUGUCUGCCCAUUUGCACGAGUGGAUUGAUCUGAUCUUUGGCUACAAGCAGAGAGGCGAAGCAGCUGUUGAAGCACUGAAUGUUUUUUAUUAUUGUACUUAUGAAGGUGCUGUAGACUUGGAUGCUGUUGCUGAUGAGACUGAGAGAAAGGCUUUGGAAGGCAUUAUCAGCAACUUUGGACAGACACCUUGCCAGCUGUUAAAGGAGCCACACCCAGCUAGGUUGUCUGCUGAUAAAGCUGCAAGACGUCUUUCCAGACUGGAUACAUACUCACCUGACAUCUUUAGAAACCUUGGAGCGAUUAAAUCCUUUUUUGUAGAUGGAAUUAGUGACAACAUUCCACUUGUACAGGCUGUAGUUCCCAAGAAACAAGAUCAUUCCUCCUUCAUCACACAAGGACAGCCGGAUAUCCUGGUCACUGUAAGUGCAAAUGGAUUACUUGGAACACACAGCUGGCUUCCUUAUGAUAAGAACAUCAACAACUACUUCACCUUCACCAGGGACCCCAGUGUAUGCAGCCCAAAGACUCAACGGUUCCUUUCUGGCCCCUUCACACCUGGAGUAGAGCUGUCUACGAAGACUCUGGCUGUAUCACAUGAUGCAAGGCUCCUUUUCAGUGGUGGUCACUGGGAUAACAGCCUGAGGGUGACCUCUCUCAGCAAGGGCAAAGUUAUUGGUCAUAUCAACAGACAUAUAGAUGUAGUUACAUGCCUGGCUCUUGAUCUUUGUGGAAUAUACCUUAUUUCUGGAUCCCGAGAUACCACCUGUAUGGUCUGGCAAGUCCUACAGCAGGGUGGUUUCUCUUAUGGUCUGGCUUCUAAACCAGUUCAGGUUUUGUAUGGACAUGAUGAUGAGGUCACAUGUGUUGCAAUCAGCACGGAGCUAGACAUGGCAGUGUCAGGGUCUAAGGAUGGAACAGUAAUUGUUCAUACCAUUCGUAGAGGGCAGUUCAUGCGGACAAUCAAACCUCCCUGUGAUAGCUCCUUGCCUGUAACAAUGAUGAAUAUUACUGUUGGUCUAGAGGGACAAAUUGUCAUUCAGAGCACAAUUGAAGGCCGGUCUUCCUUAAAGGAUAAAUUUUUUCUUCACCUUUACUCUGUCAAUGGGAAGCAUCUUUCUUCCAUUACCUUGGAUGAACAGAUCACCACCAUGUGUAUUGCACAGGAGUAUGCCAUUUUAGGUACUUUGCAAGGCAACCUUCACAUUCGUGACCUUCACAGUCUGAAGGCUGUCAUAUCACCAUUGUCCUUGAAGGUCCCAAUUCACUGCGUCUCUGUCACAAAGGAGAACAGCCAUAUUCUUGUGGGGCUUGAAGAUGGGAAGCUGAUUGUAGUAGGAGCAGGUCAACCAUCUGAGGUAAGAACAGGACAGUUCACCAGGCGAUUAUGGGGUUCCACCAGGCGGAUUUCCCAAGUCUCAUCCGGAGAGACAGAGUACAAUCCACCUGAGACCAAAUGAAGAACAUUCUUAAGUUCUUGUUGCCAAAGGAAAUUUUAUCUCGUGGAUGUUCAGGUGUAUGGAAGUUGAUGACCCAGCUUAUGGUGCAGCAAAGCAUGAAAGAUAGAUAGACUUGCUAGUGCAAAUCCUUCUGUUUGCAAACCUGUACCAAAACCUGCUGUCCACAUGCAAAUUUUGGAGUGGAAAACAACCACCAAGGGCAAUAAAUGUACCAAAUACCUCUGUCGGACACAUGGAAAGCAACAGAGGCAUUUCAGAAAGACAACAUAAAAUUGAAAAGCUGCUUUAGAAGAUCAAAUGGUCCCAAUCUUCUGUAAUAUAGUAGAGGAUCAGAGCCAUAUUUUGGGACUGGUGCAUUCAUUUGUGACUGUGUAUUUAACUGAUCCAGCAAUCUCUUGCUACAUUGACUGAAAUCAGACCCAGAUGGAAGAGAUGUUUUAAGGUGGUGGGUAAUAUUUAAAAAAAAAAAAACAUCAAGUCCCACAGAUACGACAGUUUUUCACUGGGCAUAUCCAGUUUUGGUAAUGUGCUUUAUCAAUUAUACCUAAUAAAUGUUGGGGCAGGUUCCUCUCUUA